CCCAGCCGCAAGAUGCGCGCCCCGCCGCUGCUGCUGCUGCUGGCCGCCUGCGCGCCGCCGCCCUGCGCCGCGGCCGCCCCGACGCCGCCGGGCUGGGAGCCGGCGGCCGACGCGCCCUGGUGCCCCUACAAGGUGCUGCCCGAGGGCCCCGACGCCAGCGGCGGGCGCCUGUGCUUCCGCAGCCCGGCGCGCGGCUUCCGCUGCCAGGCGCCCGGCUGCGCGGCGCACGCCUCGGCCGGCCGCUCGCUGCGCGCCAGCGUCCUGCGCAACCGCAGCGUGCUGCUGCAGUGGCGCCUGGCGCCGGCCGAGGCGCGCCGCGUGCGCGCCUUCGCGCUCAACUGCUCGUGGCGCGGCGCCUACACGCGCUUCCCGUGCGAGCGCGUGCUGCUCGGCGCCGCCUGCCGCGACUACCUGCUGCCCGACGUGCACGACGGCGUGCGCUACCGCCUGUGCCUGCAGCCGCUGCCGCUGCGCGCCGAGCCCGCCGCCGCCCCGGAGCCCGCCGCGCCCGCCGAGUGCGUGGAGUUCGCCGCCGAGCCGGCCGGCAUGCGGGAGAUCGUGGUGGCCAUGACGGCGGUGGGCGGCUCCAUCUGCGUCAUGCUCGUGGUCAUCUGCCUGCUCGUGGCCUACAUCACCGAGAACCUCAUGCACCCGGCCUUCGGGCGCCCGGGCCUGCGCAGGCAGCCCUGAAGCGCGAGGCGCCCGCCCGCCCGCCCGGGCUCUGCCUGCCCGCCCGGGGCCCUCGGCCCGCUUUCCCCGCCCCGCUCCUGCUCCCUCCUUAGGAUCUCUGCUGGAGAGGGAUGGGGCACCGGCCGGCCCUUGCCAGGGCCUUGGAGUCAGCGUAGCACCUUCCCAGCCGAGCAGCCGCCUCCCAGACUCCAACUCGGGACUGGCCCUUUGGGGCGCCAGCUGCAUCCGGGGCUCUCCCCGCUCUCCAGAGGCCUUCGGGGGGGGGCGUCAGAACACAGCCCCUUCUCGCAAGAGCUGUUGGCACCCCCAGACCGUCACGCUGCGCCCCCAGCCUGUGCCGAGUUGAAAAAAACCUGGCUGUCGCCCUGGCUUGGGCACUGUGUGCUUUGCCGACUCGAGGGGGCCCCUUGGAGCCUGUCCUCUCCCCGCCCGGCCCCCGUGGGCUUAGGUAGCUUCGUGCCUUAGUACCUCGGGCCCGCUGCGGGAGCCAGUCACCCGCCCAGUGCUGUCCAAGAGGGUCUGUGGCCCAGAUACUGGCAGCUUAUGCGUGCUUCUGGCCAGAGGCCCCUGGAGACCCUCCCUUCAGGCUUUGCAAGGAGCGUCGGGUUUGGGUGAGCGGCCGCCUGCGGCGUUUCCCUGUGUGGGUAUCUGACAAGCUGGGAGCCUAGCGUCCAGCUGUUGUGUCCAGGGGUGAGUGUCGCCUGCCCUUGGGGGAAGCUGGUAGUUCACCAGCGUCGGGCUGCCUCCUCUUCCUUUUGUGUGUCUGGCGUGGACUUUCCAUGGUGACUGGGGCGGGUGGCUGAGAAGACAGGGCCUGGGCUGAAAGAACAGCGUUGGAUCCAGAGGGUGGAGGGUAGAUGCCAACCUCACCCAGCCGGACCUCCCACUGUGGUCCGGGUCCCAAGCCUCAACCACAGCCCGAUGGACAGCACCACUCAGCCCUCCUCAAGCUGGUGGUCGGGUGGGUGCCCGGGAUCUGACUGGAGAUGCUGCUGCCUGCCCACCCGCCCGAUCAUCGUGGACUGAAGGCUGGCCUUGCCCCUCUCUGGGCGGACCUGAGCAUCCUGGCCCAGGGUGCCUCCUACGCCAACCACCUGACGAUGCCGGCGCUGAGAGGGGUGCGGUGCGGCUCGCCCGGCUUCGUGUGAGCCCCCGACUGUGGCUGUCCUGGACCUGGCACUUCUGGAGUCGCUGUGGCUCCCUCCUCCCCUCCCCCAGCAGCCACCAGCGACCCUCACCCCAGCAGCCCGGCUGGUGCCCCUGCAGCACCCACUCCCUACCUCUCUCUCCUCGCUCUGCCCGCCCCUGGCGUGGCACUGGUCAGGCGUGAGCUUGGCGCCCGUGUCUAAACGUCUGUCAUUCUUA